GGUGCACGUUUCCUGCCCAGAACGUGUCAGGAGCACAAGCCAGUCCCAGGAGAGCUGUGGCCCUGCUCCCAGCCCCGCCCCAGCUCUCAGUUCCUCAUUCUUCCCCCACGUCCCACCUGCAUUUAUCCCACGCCUUCCCCUCUUGCCACUACUCCUUCCUCCUGGGACGCCUGGCGGGCUCAUCUUCCAAAGCAUCAUUUGACGUGUGUGCACCUCUGGGGUGCCUCUCUGUCCUCCCCAGCAUCUCUGCCACUGCCUGCUUUUCUCAUUGUUAAGAGCCAAGCACACCUAGACGCCCGGCCCCUUGAGAACAGGGCCUGGACCCCACACCCGCCUGUGCAGCCUCCAGACCCCCACAAGUGGCCCUGCAUGUGGGAGGUGAUCGGGAAAUGCUUGUUGAAGCCUUCUUCAUCUCCAGAGCACCCCCUGCUCACACACGUGCACACAUGCGUACUCCUGUAUGUGCACAUGCACACAAAUGUGCACAUACGUGCACACACGAUCUGUUCACCCGGCUUUCUUGCCCCUCGUGUCACUCCCUGCUCCCUGACGUUCCAUCAUCUUGACAUAUUCGUGACGUGAUAUUACGCUAUUUGCUUUUACGGUCUCUCCCACUGGAAUGUCAUCCUUGGAGGGCAGGGACUUUGUCUCACUCACCACCGUAUCUCCAGGGCCUAACACAGGGCCUGGCACAUAUUGGGGGCUCAGCCAGUAUUUGUCAAAUGAGUGACCCCCCCGCCCCCUCCCCGUCCCUAAAGCGGACUGGCUCAGCCCCUGUCACUCGCGGUGGUUCACGCCUCUCUCGUGCCUUCUGAAACCAAAGUAAAAACGUUGCAGUCAAAGAAAUGGAGGGAUCAAGAAGACUCCAGAGGAGUGGUCCCCACGGGCUCCCUGCGUCCGCAGCACCAUGGAAUCACCUGGGAACUUGUCAGAAAUGCAGCUUCCCAGGCCCACCCCAGAGGGGCUGAACCCAAGACUACUACUGCGAGGACCCCAGGAUGAAGAUGACCACGCCCUGCGUGAGCUCAGGGAGCCUGUGGGACCCCAACAUCACUGUGGAGAUCCUCGAGGCCCACCAGCUGCAGCUGAGCUUCACACCGUGGAACGAGUCCACCAAAUACCAGAUCCUGCUGGACAGCUUUCUGCCUGCGGAGAACCGCAGCUGCUUCCGGCGCGUCGUGGAUCUGGACGUGCCUCUCUCCCUGGGGCCUCCUGGGGGCGCAUCCCAGCAGAGGCCAGGGCCUCACUGCCCCUCUGCCCUGCAGCCUGCACAGGAGGCCACCCGGCAGUGCUGCAACGUCACACUCACCCUGCCAGACUUCAGCUGGUGCUGCCGUCACCACGUGCAGAUCCAGCCCUUCUUCAGCAGCUGCCUCAACGACUGCCUCCGACACUCGGUGGCCGUGCCCUGCCCAGGGGUCCCACACACCCCAGACGCCGUUGAAGGUAAGGCCGACUCCUCCCAGGCUCUGCCGCCUCAGGGGACACAGAGGUCCCUGUGUCCUGGAGUGGAGCCAGGCAGAAAGGCUGUACCAGGAGGCGGCCCUGGGUGGUGGGACCAUGGCCCACCUUGGUGUCAGGGAGGACCCCCCAGGGUGGGCGGUUGGUUGAGGACCCCAGGGCUGGCCCAGCAGAGAGGGCAGCUCAGGGAGGGCAGCGGGCGGGCCCCCGGGGCUGGUGUCACAGGCCUCCCUGCCACGCCAUCACGCUGUUUUCCUGCCACAGACCACAUGCCCCUGUGGGUGUCCAGGUGCAUCCCCGGCCUCUCCAUCCUGUUCGUGGGUUCCGUCAUCCUGCUGACCGUCUGCCUGGCCUGGCGGCUACCGGGGUCCCGUCACGGAAAAUGUGAAAACGGCAGCAAAUGCACAGGUGGGCGCCUCCCGGCUUGGGCGGCCUGGGUCUGGGACGUCCCGCCCGCUGCCACCAGCCUGAGCCCCCCACCCCUGAAGCCCAGGAAGGUCUGGAUCGUCUACUCGGCUGACCACCCCCUCUACGUGGACGUGGUCCUGAAGUUCGCCCAGUUCCUGCUCACCGUGUGCGGCACCGAAGUGGCCCUCGACCUGCUGGAGGAGCAGGCCAUCUCGGAGGCGGGGGUCAUGACCUGGGUGGGCCGCCGGAAGCAGGAGGUGGUGGAGGGCAACUCCAAGAUCAUCGUCCUGUGCUCCCGAGGCACCCGGGCCAAGUGGCAGGCCAUCCUCGGCUGGGAGGACGCCGCCGUCCAGCUUCGCUGUGACCGCGGGAAGCCCGCGGGGGACCUGUUCACGGCGGCCAUGAACAUGAUCCUGCCGGACUUCAAGAGGCCGGCCUGCUUCGGCACCUACAUCGUCUGCUACUUCAGUGACAUCAGCUGCGAGGCUGACAUCCCCGAGCUCUUCAACAUCACCUCCUGCUACGCGCUCAUGGACAAGUUUGAGGAGGUCUACUUCCGCAUCCAGGACCUGGAGAUGUUCGGGCCGGGCCGCAUGCACCGCGUCGGGGCGCUCACGGCCCAGAACUACCUGCAGAGCCCCAGUGGCCAGCAGCUCCACGAGGCCGUGCAGCGCUUCCGCCGCUGGCAGGCCCAGCGCCCCGACUGGUUCAAGCUCGAGAACCUCUGCCCGGCAGACGACCAGGACCUCCCGUCCCUGGACGAGGAGGCCUUCGAGGAGCCGCCGCCGGGAGGAGGGAUCGUCCGGCAGGAGCCGCUGGUGCUGGAACCCGCCUCCCAGGGCAGCCUGCUGGUGGAGCUGCUCCUUGCGGGGGAAGGAGGGGGCCCGUCGCGGCUGGAGCCCCAGCCUUGGCCCCAGGAGCAGCCGGCGGCCCAGACGCUCCAGACCACGGUGGUCCCGGUGGACGGGGCCCCUCCAGCGCAGGCGGUGGAGCCCAUCCUUCGGGCCGUCAGGAGCGGUGCCGCCAGCCGGCUGGCCCUGGCUGGGGGAGACGAGGCCUGCCCACUUCUGGGCGGCUGGGGCCCGGGGCGGAACAGCAUCCUCUUCCUCCCCAUGCACCCCGAGGACCCGCCCGUCCGCAGCAGCCCCACGGGGUGGCCAGACGGCUCCAUGCUGCCGUCUCUGCAGCAGAGCCCGUGCUGCCAGGAUGUGCGCACGCCCCCUGGGGGGGAGCAGCGGCGGUCUGUGCAGUCCGACCAGGGCUACAUCUCCAGGAGCUCCCCGCAGCUCCCGGACGACGCCGACGGGGACCAGGGCGGGGAGCCGGGCGGGCAGCCGCUGUGUCCCGAGGGCCUGGAGAGCCUGCGAAGCCUGCAGCUGCUGCUCUUCCUCCAGGAGCUUCGCAAGAACCCUGGCCUGGAGCCCAAGGGGCCGCCGCGUGGGGCCUCCCCUACCCAGGGUGGUGAGCACAUGUGUCCGUAGGUGUGCACGUGUGGACGUGUGUAUGCUCAUGUGUGAGAUGUGUACCUUUAAAACGUGAACAUCUUGGGGCUUCCCUGGUGGCGCAGUGGUUGAGAGUCCGCCUGCCGAUGCAGGGGACGCAGGUUCGUACCCCGGUCCGGGAGGAUCCCACACGCCG